GUUCCUCUUGACCUAGUCUGCUUCAGUCUUGAAAUUGUAAAUGCCAAGCUUACGAAAAUUGAAGAUACUAUCCAGCUUAUUGUUCGUGACUUUGAAGCUGUUGAAGAUGGCCUUGAGGAGCUUCGUCCUCGGUAUACAGAGGGUAAGGCUAUGUUUGUGAUUGGCUAUGAUUGCUUCGAAAUUGAGCAUACUAGUCAGAAUGUUGCGGAUAUACUCUUAAAGGCUAUUGACCAUAUUGGACCUUAUAAUGUCGUUCAAGUCAUGACUGAGAGUGCAUCGAAUUGCAAGGGAGCUGGUUCAAUAAUUCGUAGACGUCAUCCCCAUAUUUUUUGGUCAGGCUGCUUAGUUCACACGUUGAGCCUUCCCAUGAAGGAUAUUGUGGACAAAAAGAAAAGGCACCAAAGAUUUGCUUUUGUUAGGGAUCAUUGCAAAGAGGGAAAGAGGAUAAUGACAUAUAUACGCAACCACACGAGACAUGGUUCAGAAGGCGAGGAGCAUGGUGAAGUUCACGAAAUAGAGAUGGAUGAUAAUUUUUGGGCAACAAACAAAAAAAUAUUAGGGUUCACAAGGUCAAUCUGGAAAAUGAUAAAGUUCACAGAUAGUGAUAAGGUUGUAAUUGGAGAUGCGUACGAGCGUCUGGAUACUAUGUUGGGAGAAAUAUCGGCUUCUCUAUAUGAUGAUCUAGUGUUGCUUCAAAAGGUUAGGGACUUAUUGGUAGCCAUAUGGAACAGGGCUAACCUUCCACUUCAUUGUCUUUCUUUUAUUCUUAGUCCAAAAUAUUAUUCUCGUGAAUGGUUGCCAGUACCGACAUCUGGUGGGGAGAAGCGGGCGAAGCCCCAUCAGGAUAUUGAGGUAUCUAUGUCCUACCAUGGUGCUCUUGAUGCGGUAGUUAGGGAUCAGGCUGAGUGGAGCAAGGUACAACAACAAAGAAGUGAUUUUGUUAGCAGCAAGGGGAGUUUCUCACUACCAGCAUCCAUAACUGAUAGAGGUACAUUGUCAUCAGUAUCGUGGUGGGACUUGUAUGGUGGUGGGGCCUCAGAGUUGUAUUCAGUUGCAGUUAAGGUGUUGUCCCAAGUCAUGCGCUGA